GGUCGAGUCAGAGCUGAUGGCACCGAGAGCAUUUUAGUACGCAUGCCAUGCCCGAGCAGCCUCAAACGAGUCGUACAGACUCGUGGAAGCAUACCAAAGCGUCGAAUAAUCAGCAUCUUGUGCAGCUUCUCGAGGACAGUCUGAAGAAGGAAGACCGCCGCCUGGCGCGGCUGAUGGCUGCAUCCAACCCCAGUCAAAAGAAGCGACUGGAAAUGUACUUUAACGUCGAGCGGGAUCGCGAGCGGAAGCUGUUUGAGCUCGUGAAACACGACCACGACGCUGCGCUGCGGAUUAAAGUCCGAGCGUCAGCAUCAUGCAUAAGCAAUCCCAUGACCGCCGACUCGUCCAAGUUGAGUUCCACAAAAAAGAUGCGCUCGUCGUCCCUCCGUGGAGACACCAACCAAGCUGGUUCUCAUGAAAGGGUGCCAACUUCCCACUGUCCCAUCAAGCAAGGUUGUCUCUGGUCCCCACCGCCUUUGCGCGAGUUGGCUCCACUUCUAACAUCCAUGCACAGAGAGGGCCCUUCCACAGCGUGCUCGACUGAAACCGUUGCCUGCCAGCACACUGACUUCUCGCGAGAGGGCCUCCACUCCCGCCCAAGACGAGGCUUUUCGCGCAUAUGUGGCACAGAAGCUCGAGAGCGCCCCGAAACGAAAGCCCCACACGCCCAAAGGUUUGCUAACGGCAGACAAAAUCCACGAGAACACCUCGCGGCUCUCCACAGAGACGCUGCUCCAUGAAAAAUGCCAUCUCCUCAAGAAACUGCACCAAAUUGUUGUCCAUCAACAGCGGAUGCUCGAAGACGAUCAAGUGACGGUGCGGUCGUCGGUGUCGAGCUUCCAGUCCCUGCCCUCGAACACCACCGUCGACUGCACCUACGUGCCGUUCACAUCCACAACGUAAUACCCAGACGAAUUUGGUGGAAGCGUCAGUAUUGGAAUAACAGAACCAAGUCGAUGGGAUGGCCCCAAGGGCCCAGGAAUAGCCGAGUCGAAUGCAGACGUGAAAACGCGAUAACCACACCACAAGCUGACACUGCUAAGGCAAGCAACGGUGCUAUUCCUCCUGCUUCUUGGGCGGGGGCCCGCAUGGCUGAAUCAUUUUCUAACGACGUAAGAGAAAUUCAAAACAUGUCGG